AUGGAUCCACCUCCACCUAAUGAUCAAGCUUACCAUAGUCACAUACCAUACGGGAGAAAUACCUACUACCCUUCACAACCCCAUCCUUCAUACCCACCACCUCAACAUUAUCAUAACUAUCAUUUUCCUUACCCACCUUCUUUCCCAUACUCACUACCUCCUCCACCAACUUAUUAUCAUGAACAAGCAUACGUAACACAACAUUUUCAACCCCAGAGAUAUCCUCCUCACGAGAUACCUCCUUAUUAUCCUCCAACGCAUUUCAACGAGUUAAACCGUCCAAAUCCUGAAAUUUUUGCGAGCUGCGACCCUGCCACGAGAUCCACACGCGUGUGUGCCGGCGUGAGAGCUCACUGGAACAAUUCCACGCCGAGUCACACGCGUGGUGAGGACGUGGACAGAGCCAAUGCAUAUGCCUAUUCUUCUGCUUCCCCAGAACAGCCUCUUUCAUCUGAAAACAACCAAACCACCCUCGAGAAAUGCCUAAAUGAUUUUAUCCGAGAAAUGAGGGAGGAGAAUGCCAGACUUAAAGAAACCAUUACUAAAGAGAUGCUGGGAGAAAUUCAAGAACUACGCCACGAAACACUCUCACCACUCCAAACAGUUGAGAGCACACUCGCAAAGAUUAUGGAAAUGAUUCAAUCUCAGGGAGAAACAGAUGUGAACGCCGUAACAUUGAGAAGCGGAAAAGCACUUCCAGAUGUUGUUCCACCUCCACCGCAAUCCAUUCCAACAGAAGAGCCAAGAAUGGACAAUGAGGAAACCACCAACUCAACGCAAGCCGAACGAGCACUUGAAGAAGAACUCAGGAAGGAAGAAAUACAUCCACAACCUUCUCGGAAAGGGAAAGAAAUCAUGCAAGAACCACCACCUGUGCCGAAAGCAAAAGUUCCGUUCCCCUAG